AUGAACAGUAAAUCUACUAUUGGUGGUACAGUAUUAGUUUGGCCGGCGGCGGUAAUCAUACUAUUAGUAAUAGUAUUUACUGACCAUCAUAUCGGCGGAGGAGGAGGAGGACAAGUGGCCGCAUUACAGGGUGUCCAGUGUCCGCCGAAACCCGACGAUAAUUGCGAAUCAAAUAUAACAAUAUAUUCAUAUAGGUGUCGGUUAAACAAAUGGGACGAAAUGGACGGCGACAGUGACCAAACCAAACGUCUUAGAGAGUGCUGCUCUGGUAUCGAUGAACUACUAAUGAGAUAUCAAUUGAUAGACUAUGAUAAGUCAGUAUGCGAUAGACAACCAGUCUAUUUGAAUAGCGAUAGUUGUCGGUAUGUUACAGAAAAAUUGGCCCAAAAAUUAUCGACAACAACCACCACCACCACGACUACCGUUCCCUCCAGUACUGUACGGACAAUCACUACAGUCGAUGAUACAGUCACUGCCUCCUCCUCGUCCUCCUCCUCUGCCACUGAUGGCAGUAGUGAUGACACAACAACAACAACAACACCAAUAGCUGCCAACACUGUGGAGCCGACGGGAAACGAUGGCACAGUUAGUACAGUAGCAGUAGUAGUAGUGUUGACCAGUGAGGAGAUAACUGGUAUUAAUAGUAUCACUAGUAGUAGUAGUGAUGGUAGACCUGAUCAUGCGGUCAACGGUACUACUAUUUCUGGGACGACGACAUCGAUGAGAACAACCAGCAAACCAUCCGAUAGCGAAGUCGACGACAACAACGUCGGCAAAAAAGAUGAGGACAGUUGGGUGACCAGUUGUAUGUCAAUCCAGAAACUAUACGUUUAA